AGAAGAUAGAAAGAAACAGAGAGAGAUGGCUGCAACACAGAGCAGAAGAUGGUCUCUCAAAGACACAACGGCUCUAGUCACUGGUGGAACCAGGGGAAUCGGGUAUGCUAUUGUGGAGGAAAUUGCGGCACUUGGAGCAAGGGUACAUACUUGCUCUAGAAACGAAACUCAGCUAAAUGAAUGCUUGCGCGAAUGGGACAAGAAGGGUUUUCGAGUCACUGGUUCAGUCUGCGAUGUAUCUUCACAAGCUGAACGAGACAAGCUUGUGAAGACAGCCUCCUCUGUUUUCAAUGGAAAACUUAACAUACUCAUAAACAAUGUUGGAACAAAUAUCUGGAAGCCAACUGUGGAUUACACAGCUGAAGAAUUCUCGGUUCUAAUGAAUACCAAUUUCGAAUCAGCGUUUCAUCUUAGCCAAUUAUCACAUCCUCUUUUGAAAGCUUCUGGGGCAGGAAGCAUUGUUUUCAUAUCUUCUGUUGCGGGUGUCAAUUCAUUCCACACCGGAAGCAUAUAUGCUGUAACUAAGGCGGCAUUGAACCAAUUAACAAAGACUUUGGCCUGUGAGUGGGCAAAGGAUGGGAUAAGGACUAACUGCAUCGCGCCUGGAUUCACCAUGACCCCUCUUGCUGAGCCUUUUUUCAAGGAAGAGAAGUUUAUGAAAGCUUCUUGCGCCCAGACUCCAAUAGGACGCAUAGCAGAGCCAGAAGAGGUGUCCUCCCUGGUUGCAUUUUUAUGCCUACCGGCAGCCUCUUACAUUACCGGCCAGACAAUUUGUGUGGAUGGAGGAGCAACCGUGAAUGGCUUCUCUGCCCUCCAACUCGCUUGAAUUAGAAAACCUUAAAAAAAACUAUCAACUAGAUGAGUACUGCCCAAGAAUAACUUUUCUGUAUACUUCAAAAAGUAAUAAGAUCUUAUAAUCAGACUCAAUUGCCUCAGACAUUGCAAUUGGAUCCAACUCAACUUGUAUUGUUCUAUCUCGGUAUGUAUGGAAUCGACCAAUGCAUUUUUGCAACCUUAAUUAUACUACUAGUAAUUUUUGAAUAGAAUGAGAAUGAACAG